AUGUCGAAAUUUUUUUGUUCAUUUGGCAAAGUUAAAAUUGCUGAACAUGCACUCACCGGCCACAAAGUUGCUGUCAAGAUUCUAAAUCGUAAGAAGAUUAAGAAUAUGGAUAUGGAAGAAAAAGUCAGAAGAGAAAUCAAAAUACUGAGGUUGUUUAUGCAUCCCCACAUCAUACGUCUCUAUGAGGUUGUGGAGACAAAUUCUGACAUAUAUGUUGUGAUGGAAUUUGUCAAGUCUGGUGAACUGUUUGAUUACAUUGUGGAGAAAGGUAGGUUACAAGAAGAGGAGGCUCGCACGUUCUUUCAACAGAUAAUAUCUGGAGUGGAGUACUGCCACAGGAAUAUGGUGGUUCAUAGAGAUCUGAAGCCAGAAAACUUGCUUUUGGAUUCCAAACACAACGUGAAGAUUGCUGAUUUUGGUCUGAGUAACAUUAUGCGCGAUGGUCAUUUUCUGAAGACCAGUUGUGGAAGCCCCAACUACGCUGCUCCAGAGGUUAUCUCAGGUAAAUUGUAUGCUGGGCCCGAGGUGGACGUAUGGAGCUGCGGUGUAAUUCUUUAUGCACUUCUCUGUGGCACCCUCCCAUUUGAUGAUGAGAAUAUUCCAAACCUGUUUAAAAAAAUAAAGGGUGGAAUAUACACUCUUCCCAGCCAUUUAUCUGCUUGUGCAAGAGAUUUGAUUCCCAGGAUGCUUAUAGUUGAUCCGAUGAAACGAAUGAGCAUUCCAGAGAUACGUACCCACCCUUGGUUCCAAGCUCAUCUCCCACGUUAUCUGGCUGUGCCACCACCGGAUACAACACAACAAGCUAAAAAGAUUGAUGAAGAUAUUCUUCAGGAAGUGAUUAAGAUGGGAUUUGACCGUGCUGCACUUGUUGAAUCUAUUGGAAACAGGGUUCAAAAUGAGGGAACUGUUUCAUACUAUCUGCUGCUAGACAAUCGAUUUCGCGUUGCCAAUGGCUACCUUGGAGCUGAAUUCCAAGAGACCGUGGAAUUUGGGUAUGACCGCAAUCCAAGUGAGCCCGUAGCAUCUCCUGUCAGGGAACGUCUUCCUGGAGUUAACGAUCAUCAACAAUUUGGAGCAAGGCAACUUCCCUCUGACAGGAAAUGGGCUCUCGGACUCCAGUCUCAAGCCCAUCCUCGUGAGAUCAUGACGGAAGUUCUCAAAGCUCUUCAAGAACUGAAGGUUUUCUGGAAAAAGAUUGGACAUUACAACAUGAAAUGCAGAUGGGCUUCCGAUGCUCCUGGCCACCAUGAAGGGACCCUUAACGAUUCCAUGCAUGACACCAAUUAUUUCGGUGAUGGAUCUGCCGUUAUUGAACAUCAAGGGAGUAGUGUAACCCGACAUGUUGUUAAGUUUGAAGUGCAGCUAUACAAAACUCGUGAAGACAAGUAUCUGCUUGAUCUGCAGAGAGUUCAGGGGCCGCCGUUGCUCUUCCUUGAUCUUUGCGCAGCUUUUCUCGCCCAGCUUCGUGUACAUUGAAAUCCACAAAUUCUUUGUUGAUGCUGUACAUAAUUAUUGCCAAAUCUCCUCAAGAUGAAUGCUGUACCGAGCCAAGCCGCCAAUUGGAGUGGGUCUACGCUAGGAGUUCUCUCUUCUAGUACAAUUUUGAUAUAUUAUUAUUUCUAGUCUUAGAUUUCAUAAUAUCAUAUUAUUGAUUGGGUUUUAAUUGUUCUCAUUUCCUCCUUUUCCAAUCAUCCAACUAACAGUAUUAAACAAAAAAUAAGUGAA